UGUUGCUGUUUUGUGCACUGUGUGGAGGUUUCUUUGGUUCCGACUAUCACAAUUUACUUGAACGCGGCAUAUUGCCGACGUUCAGAGUUACAAUAUUGUUCUUCUAACAUAGUGGAGGCCAGCCCAAUCUUUAUUUGGAUAUGUGAGAGUUGUCUGAACUGUAGAAGGGUCUCCUGUGCACUGUUUGGACCUGCGAUAAUGGCCGAUGGAGAGCAAGCACUGGAACGUAAAGCACCCAGAGAUCCAGACUGCCUGCUACUGGGAGACGAGAGUCCUCUGCAAGAGGAUGUGACUGGUGAAAAAACAUCUGACUCCCAGGACGGGCCAAAGCAGUGGGACAACUUCCCUUGGGAUAGAUGGUCACGUGAGAGGAGCACAGACUCCAGGGAAAGGAGUGUGGACUCGCGUGACUCAGCCACAAGGGAGAGGGAUCUCCGGUAUGCUGAAGAACGGAAACGUGACCGUGAGCGUGGCCGGCGGGAGGAGGUCAUCCUAUAUCGUCACAGAGACUCUGAAAGCACUCAGAGUGAUAGUACUGAAGAGGAGGAGGCAGAAAGCUCAAAUGAAAGCCAAGUGAAGGCUCCCACAUCCACUGCUGUGAAUGAAAGUGCUGAAAACAAAAGAACAUUCUCACAGGAGGCCACUCCUGUAUCACAGAGCCAUGCUGAAAGGACUGAGCAUAGUGCAGCACUGACAAAGCACACCCAUCAGAGGGCAGCCAAAACUACCAAGAGUCCACCAACCAGCAAGGAAGCCACAAAGCGAACGGAACUUGCCAAAGAGUCCAGUGAGGGUACUCCAUGUGUGGCUAACAAGAGAAAUGGAACUACUGCUGAUCAGAAAGGGUCUGGUGACAGUCACAGCAAAACCUCAAGAAACGGCACCAAAGGUCCACCAGGGAAGGAGGAUCGUCGUGUGGUGUCAGAUCAAAGUAGUGGCUCUGAAGAUGACCAUGUGAGGCAUACUGACCAUGAUCGAAGAAAAGAACGCAGACGAGAAGCAGAUGUAGACCACAAAAGAGAUGAUCCUGAAAGACGGCGCAGUGAUGGUACUCAUGAUCGCCAGCGUGAUUCUGACCAUCACAGAAGGCAGGACAGGGGCCAUGACCGAAGGCGGGAACAUGACAGGAACAGAGACAGAGACCGGAAAGAAAGCCAUGACCAAGGUUGGAGAGGGGAUCAGCACAGAAGGGAGGAUCACAAACACAGCCGGAGAGAAGGUCGUAGUGAGAGCUAUAGAGACGAGAAUAGCAGGAGAGAUGAUUACAGGAAUGACCGGGAUCGCAGUCAGAGGGAUGAGCAAAAAGAUCAUCAAAGGGAUGAUCGAAGAGACGAGCGAAGAGGUGAUUCAAGAAGCGACCGGAGGAGAGAUGACCGAAGAGAUGAUCGAAGGGGCGAUCGAAGAGAUGAUGAGCAAUCGGGUGAUCUCAGAACUGAACACAGUGGAAGGGGCGGAAGGGAGGAGGCGGUGGGGCACAAACGAGUACGGAGAAGUUCACCUGACACAGAGGCUGAGCCACCACGGAAGAAGGAUGUCAUCACUGGGCGUACUGGUGGUGCCUACAUACCACCUGCACGCCUUCGCAUGAUGCAGCAGCAGAUUACAGACAAGUCUAGUGUGGAAUACCAGCGCAUUGCUUGGGAAGCUCUGAAAAAGAGCAUUAACGGAUUGGUAAACAAAGCAAAUGUGGGAAACAUAGAUGUCAUAAUCAAGGAGCUGAUGCGGGAAAACCUUGUCCGUGGAAGGGGCCUUCUUUGCCGCACAAUCAUGACUGCCCAAGCAGCAUCACCCACCUUUACACAUGUUUAUGCAGCAAUGGUGGCAGUCAUAAACACUAGGUUUCCCCAGACAGGGGAGCUUAUACUGAAAAGACUGGUGAUCCAGUUCCGACGGUCAUUCAGGCGAAAUGACAAACUUACUUGCAUGGCUUCUGUGCGUUUCAUUGCACAUCUUUUGAACCAGCAAGUGGCUCAUGAAGUACUGGCUCUGGAAAUCUUGACACUCCUCCUUGGAAACCCAACUGAUGACUCAGUGGAAGUGGCCGUGGCAUUUCUAAAGGAAUGUGGCAUGAAACUGACUGAGCUUACACCAAAAGGAGUUCACGCCAUAUUUGAACGCUUGAGAAGCAUUCUUCACGAGGCAAAUUUGGACAAACGAGUGCAGUACAUGAUUGAAGUUAUGUUUGCUAUACGCAAAGAUGGAUUUACUGCCCAUCCCAGUGUUGUGAAGGAGCUUGAAUUGGUUGAAGAAGAAAGCCAGUACACUCACUUACUGGCUUUAGAUGACACAUUGGACGGAGAGGAUAUGCUGAAUGUAUUCAAGUUUGAUCCAGAGUUUGCUGAAAAUGAAGAGAGAUAUGCUGAGAUUGCAAAAGAUAUAUUGGGCAGUGAUGAUGAAGGUGAUGGAUCAGGAGGUGAUGAUUCGGAUGAUGAGGAGGAAGAGGAAGAUCAAGCUGAAGAGAAUGGUGAGAUAAUUGACAACACCGAGACUAACCUGGUGGCUCUCAGGCGGACCAUUUAUUUGACAAUUCAGUCAAGCCUCAACUUUGAGGAGUGUGCUCACAAGUUGCUCAAGCUGGAGCUGAAGCCUGGACAAGUGAGUGAAAUGUGCCAUAUGAUUCUUGACUGCUGUGCCCAACAGCGCACAUAUGAAAAAUUCUUUGGACUGUUGGCCCAGCGUUUCUGUCAGUUGAAAAAGGAGUAUGCAGAGCCUUUUGAGCAGAUAUUCUUGAGUUCAUAUGACACCAUUCACCGUUUUGAGACAAACAAGUUGCGCAAUGUUGCCAAGUUCUUCGCCCAUCUUCUUUUCACAGAUGCCAUUCCAUGGAAUGUUCUGUCUCAUAUCAAGCUUACUGAAGAUGACACAACAUCAUCCAGCCGUAUCUUCAUUAAAAUCCUGUUCCAAGAAUUAUGCGAGUACAUGGGUCUACCGAAACUGAAUGAAAGAAUAAAAGACCCGACAUUGCAAGAUGCUUUUGAAGGUCUGUUCCCAAGAGACCUGCCCAAGAAUACUCGAUUUGCCAUUAAUUUCUUCACGUCUAUUGGCCUUGGGGGACUUACAGCUGACCUACGUGAGCACCUCAAAUCUGCUCCUAAGCCAGCACCAGUUACGGACGUGAUUGCUGCACCUGCAGCUGCAGCAAAGAAGAAGAGCACUUCAUCAAGCAGCGAUUCCAGUAGUGGAUCAAGCAGUAGUGACUCGGGCAGUGAAUCCAGCAGUUGAAAGGAAGAAAUGUACAUAUAAUUGACUCACUUCAGGAGACUUCCACAUUUACUGUAUUAUAAUGUAAGAUGGGGGCAUACUUGAGGAGUGCCUUAAAGUCAAAAAUUGUAUAUUCAUUUUCUAAAUUGCUCUCAUAUUAUAAUGCUUGGCAAAAAAAUUAUUGUAUGUGUUGCAUCAAAAUUCUCACUAACAAAAUUAUUGGUAGCUGGAAGAUGGUCCCUGUUGGGAAUUAUGCCUUUGUUUGAGGGAUGCUUGUGGCAAUUUUUGUGUGUAGAUAUGCAGUAGCAUCACUGAGAGUCUUUAGCACUGCAUGACUCACAGAGGUAAUCCCAACUACAGGAUCCUGAGAUGUUAAGGCACUUGUCCAACCCCGGCAGGGCACAAGUUCUGCCUCUGGCUCUCGACGGAAGGCCAUUUUUUUAUGUAACAAGCAGUGGACAGUUUAAUGGAGGGCAAUAGUGUAUGAACUACCCAAUCACCUUGAUGUGUACAGUAAGUAUAUUAUGAUGAAUGUCACUGCGAAAAUUUACCACUGUGUUCCUGGUAACUGUUGCAAAACCUCUAUUCACUGUUCCACUUUGCUUGGCUAUUAGCCACAUGUUUUAAGGGGACAUAUGCAUGGUGUCCUGUUUUCUUGGUGUUUAAAGCAAACAGCACUCUGGCAGGAUGCAAAGUAAACGAAAGAGUGCACCAUGUUGAUUCUGUGUGCUGUCUGAAUGCGGUUUGCUCUUGCUUCAGCUGUGUACCAACCAGCCUGCGUAUGCACCAACUUGGAGUUUACAAGAGGCUUACAAGUUUACGUUGCGAGUUAUGGUGGGUGUUGUCUUGGUUGUGUGCAUGUUAUUCAUCUAUUUGUGAUUUACAUUUUAUUUCUCUGUCAAUAAAGCAUCAUGAAGCUAUUGUCUAUGUGUUGCACACGUUACACAUCGAGUUUCGUGGGGUAAACUCUUGAGCUUUUGCGCACUUGAUAUACAGGGUGUUUCAGCGAACACUUUCAAAAAUUCUUAAAGGUUCCCUGUGGCAGAUAGCACAAUUCUAGUUCAGGAGCUGGUCCACUCGAAGGGGCGGACAUUACUUGCACAAAAAAUUGAACUGCAUAAUCAAAUAAUUAACGAAAAUUUUAGCUAAUUAACAAAGUUUUUAGCUAAUAAUCUGAUGGCCCAUAUUGCAAUUUACAAAUUGUUGCCGUGGAGUUCGCAAGCUCAUUAACUAGAAUCGGGCUAUCUGCCACAGGCAACCUUUCAUAAAUUUUGAAAGUGUUCGCUGAAACACCCUGUAUUCAUUGGACAAGUCAUCACACUGUGUUGUAUGUGUUACAGUUUGCAAAGUGUGAGAACUCUUCUGGAAUUGCUGUAAAAACCAUUUUUGCUCUGUAUUUUCAACAUGAAUAACUAAAAACUACCAAGGAAACAAUUUGUAUUUUAUAAAAAAAUGUUCAUGUCUCAAUUGUUCUUCCCAAAGUAUAGGUCUCUCAUUCUGUAGUGUUAUUGCUAAGAAAGAAAAUAUAUAUUAUGUACCCAGAUUCUAGGUCACAAGAAAUGAUUCUUGGAUUCUUGCUUGGAACAUAGAAAAUUGGGGCCGCUUCACAUUUCGUUUUAUUGUAAUAAAAGGACACUAAACAGCAAUGUUGUAUCAGUUUAGACUGGUUAAGUAUUCUUUCAAGACUGUUUUUGUUCAUUUGACAGAAAAA